UACAUGGAAAUUUCAAAUUCUUAAAUUUAAAGACAACAAAUACCAUUCACCAACACCUCCCAUUUCUGUUCUAAUCUUUGAUAUGAUCCCUCUUUCGAUAGAAGGUUAAAAAAAAAACACGCUGAUAUACUCUUGUCUCCAUGCCCAAAAUCAAGAUCACUCUACUUUGAAGUCUAAAAAGAAGUUCAAGAGGAGGUUGAUGAAUCCUUUCGUUGGGUAUGCAACACUAUUCUAUGAACCUCGUUCAUAAGGUUAUGGGCCAUUUUUUCUUCCUUUAAUCAUUCUUUAAUUUUUAAUUCUUAUUCUCUUGAUCUCCCAAUCUAUAUAUUUGAAGGCCUUUUUUUUAUUUCGGUUUAUUCUCUUGUUGAUCAAUCUCCUAAUCUUCUUCUCUUUAGGCGAUAAAAAUUUCCCUAAAAAGUUAACUCUCUUUUUUUCCCCCUCGUUUCAUCUACUGUCUUAGUUUUUUGGUCUUGUAAGAGUAUGCAAUAUUUAUUUGAUAUGAUAAGAAUACAAAAUCGCCAUCUCCUAACCAUGUCAUAAUUGCACCUUUUAUCUUAAGCUUGUUCUUAUUAAUUUACCUGAAACUUAUUGUUCUGAUGUAUAGGGUGUCAUAUUCAGAUUUCAAUACAACAUACCUAAUUUAUUCAUUAUCUUUCUUCAUUCCAAAGUUCUGUUUCAUUAAGUAUGGAUACAAUGCAAUACAGCCACUAGCUAAGUUUGGGCACCUGCUGAUAACUUGUACAGUUGAUUUCCGUAAGCCGACAGAUUCUUCAGCAAAAAUGGGUUGCGUCUCAUCAAAAAUCAUGGCAAAAUCAGCAAGUUUUCGCGAAGAGUUCAACCGAAGCGUGAGGAGAAACACAAGUAGCAUCGAUGAAAUAAUCAUAUCGAAGAACAACACCGACCAAUUUGUAGCUCUCUUAUGCACUGCCAACACUGUUACUAAAAAAACGCUCAAGGAAGUACGACCUGCAGAAAAUCUUAAACAGAACGAGAAUUCUGUUACUGUCAAAGAGCGGCUAGAGAAUGACAUAGAAACAAUCAAUACUUGGGAAUUACUAGCCGAUCUAGAUGAAGAUAAUGAAGGAAAAGAGCAUUCCAAAUCCAUUUUAUGUGACGAUGUAGCUCAAGCUUCUAGAAGCUUUCGGACUGUGGAGGAUUUCGACGCAAUGAUUGAGGAGAAGACGAAAGCCAAUGCACAAGAAGGACUAAAUACCGAUAGUGAGAAGGGUCCAAAGAGAAAAGCCAUGGCUAAGGAGCUCACAUCUCUCAAAAUGCCAGGCUUUGAGUUUUCAAGAGCCGGGAGCCUAAAAGAAUGGCUUUCACAAGGAGGCCAAGUGUUUUCUCCAGGGUCUUAUAUCACUCCUAAAUUUGGCAAUUUUGUUGAAAACAGAUUGCAUAAUGGGGAGAAUGCUAUUGAAUUUGAUCCUGAGUUGGUUGAACAAUUUGAACAAGCCAUGGAUCAAUUGACAAUUGAGGAGGAGUUUGUACUGAAAGAGAUUAUAAAGAGCUCGGAAGAUGGCAAUGAAGAAAGAAAUUUUUUUGACGUGAGUAGCAAAGCUUGAGGGAGAUUUGUGAAGCUCUCUAUAGUUUUUGAGGAUCUUGUGAUAUAGAGCUCUUUUUUGUUUUGAUCAUGUAUGUUAAGCACAGAGAUUUGAAGUAUGUAUCAUUUUACCAUGUUGCCUUCGGCAACGAUGUACAUAAGGAACAUGAUGGUGCUUGUGUGCUA